AUGAGGAUAAAUUUGAAAAUUCAUCCACAACCCUCCCCGUCCUCCACAAUCCUCCAUUGCCGCAACAUUCGUGACGAAGCUCACCGCCACAACACAACCCACACCCACCAUUUCUCCGCCGACUACGUCCCUUUCAACGCCGACCCUUCCUCUGCUGCUGCCGCCGACUCCGAGUCCUAA